UAGCUUUUAGUAAGCUAAGCUAAAAACACGCUUCUACGGAAGCCGGGAGCGACCAAACGACAUCGCGGAACCUGCGUGCAGCACGAUGGCCACGUCCAAAAUCAUGAAAUGCAUAAGAGUGUCCGAGUUUGGAGGACCUUCAGUCCUGAAGCUCUGCUCAGAUGUACCUGUUCCAACUCCAGGUCAGAAGCAGGUUCUGAUCCGAGUGCACGCCUGCGGGGUGAACCCGGUGGAGACGUAUAUCCGGGCCGGUACCUAUGGCCGCUUACCCAGCCUGCCGUACACGCCCGGAACUGACGUGGCUGGUGUGGUGCAGGCUGUGGGGGGCGGAGUCAGCUUUCUGCAGAAGGGUGACCGAGUGUUCACCACAGCCACAGAGACGGGGGGCUAUGCGGAGUUCACCAUCGCUUCAGAGGGGUCCGUUCACAAACUGCCCGAUUCUCUGGCUUACAAACAAGGAGCUGCUAUUGCAAUCCCGUAUUUCACUGCACACCGGGCCUUAUUUCACAAGGGACAUGCCAGAGCAGGAGAGACGGUUCUCAUUCAUGGAGCCAGUGGAGGGGUGGGGAUUGCUGCGUGUCAGUUGGCGAGGGCGUUUGGUCUGAAGGUGCUGGGCACCGCGGGCACGCCUGAGGGCAUGAAGCUGGUUCUCAACAACGGAGCUCAUGCUGUCUACAACCACCGAGAAAAGGACUACCUAGAUAAGAUUCAGGAGGCUACUGAUGGACAGGGGAUCAAUGUGAUCAUUGAGAUGUUGUCCAACGUGAACCUCAGCAAUGACCUAAAGCUGCUGUCCGUCGGGGGCAGGGUGUUGAUUGUAGGUUCCAGAGGGCCGAUUGAGAUUAACCCCAGAGACACCAUGGCUAAAGAGUCCAGCAUCAUCGGCGUGUCUCUGUUCAACUCUUCUAAGGAGGAUAAGGCGGAGACUGCGGCGGUGCUGUACGCUGGGAUGGAGGCGGGGUGGCUGAAACCUGUGGUUGGUCAGGAGUACACACUGGAUAAAGCUGCUCAAGCUCACGAGGACAUCAUCAGUAACCCAGGGGCUUCUGGGAAAAUGGUCCUGAUCAUGUGAAUCUAAUAAAAUAAGUAAAAUACUCCAGUAUUUAAAUCAUAUUUUACUGAUAUACUGAUCAGAUCAGAACGAGGCCAAACCCUGAGAUCAAGCACCUUAAAACUGUGGGAGUUUUCAGUUCAUCGUCAACAGAACUGAAUUAUUACUGUAAUCUGAACCUGUAUUGGGUUUUUAUACAGGUGUUAUGAAUUUUAAUCAGCAUAUUGAUUACUAUGUUGAUCGUUAUGUAAUUGUUCAUAAUAAAAUAUAAUAUUUUAA